CUUCUUGUCACUUUUCGCAUUGAUAUUUCGAAAAACAGUAUUGGAAUACACCGCAACUAUCGAUAAUGUUAUUAGACAGAGCUGUAUUUGCACAUGUGGCAGCCCUCCCAAAAGCGCCGUUAUUGAAGAACGAUGAAUAAAAUUGGACAUACAAGUGUUUUUGCAGCACUCAGUUGUGUUGGUGAGGAUGACGUGAUUUCAUUGCGCAUAAUAUGCACUCUGGCACGCAAUCGUCAAUAUAACUUAGAGGAGCUGGAUAAGUAUGGAAAUACGGCAUUGCUCAAAGCCUGCUAUCUUGGAAAAUUGGAAUGCGCUUGCACUUUACUGGAAUUCGGGGCAAAUAUCUACGUGGUCAACUAUUUUGGUCAGAAUGCCUUAACGCUGGCCACCCAUUCCGGUCAUUUUCAACUAGUUCUCGAAUUGUUGCGUCGCCGCACUUACCAGGAUUUUAAUUUAUCCUCGCUCAUCCCAGCAGUUUGUGUGGCUGCCAUGCGGCAGCAUAGCCUCUUGGAGAAUUAUUUUAUGAGUAUUGAUCCAUUGGGUACAAAAGAUUUGCACACUGUACAUGGUCUUGGCAUUAAAGAUCUGCGCCAGAUGGUAAAUGGAAAAUCAAAGAAGAAACAAAUUCAUCCCUUGCAGUCCAACUUCAUUAAUAGAAUUGAUUAAAUAUAAUUGUAAUUGUCGGCGUAUCUA